AUGGAUCUCGUUUCUUGCAAGAAAAUCCUGCUUUUCUGCGAAAGUAUCACUCCUGCUGGUAAACCCCCUGCUGUUAACCUUCCUUCAGAUAACCCUCCUGUUGGUAACCCUCUCGCUGAUAAUCCUCCUGCUGGUAACCCUCCUGCUGGUAACCCUCCUGCAGGUAACCCUCUCCCUGAAAGCUCUGCUGCUGGUAACCCUCCUGUUACUGCUCCUCCUGCUGGUAACUCUCCCGCUGGUAACCCUCCUGCUCGUGACCCCCCUGCUGGUAACCCUCCUGUUUGUAACCCUCCUGCUGGUAACUUUCUUGCUGAUAACCCUCCUGAUGGUAAUCCUCUUGCCGGUAAUGGUAACCCUCCUGUUGAAAGCCCUCCCACUGGUAACCCUGCUUCUGGUAACAGUUCUGCUGGCAACCCUCCUGCUGGUAACCCUCCUGCUGCCAGCCCUCCUGCUGGUAACCCUCGUUCUGGUGAUGUUCCUGCUUGUAAAACUCCUGCUGCCAACCCUCCUGCUGCCAACCCUCCUGCUCGCAACUGUUGA